GUGUACUUCUAACUACCAUCGCCAUCAUGUGUGAGCUCGUCGCCAAAUAUGAUGCUAAGACCGUCAAGGACGUUCCCGCUGAGCUUUUCAUCAAGGCUUUUGCUGCCCACCUGAAGGCUCAGGGUCAGAUGGAAGUUCCCAAGUGGGCCGAGUACAUCAAGACCGGCACUCAGCGUGAGCUCGCCCCCUAUGAUGAUGACUAUCUUUACAUCCGCGCUGCCGCCAUUGCUCGCCGAAUUUACAUCCGCCCCAACAUCGGUGUCGGUGCUCUCCGUAAAAUUUUCGGCAUGAAGUCUAACUCCGGCACUUGCCGUACUCACUUCACUCUCGGUGCUGGCAAGAUCAACAGGUUCUUGCUCCAGCAGUUAGAAAAGAUGGGUUUCAUCGCGCAGAGUGACGCCAUGAAGGGUGGUCGUAUCAUCACCUCACUGGGCCGCCAGACUCUCGACACUGUCGCCGUGCAAGCCGCUAAGGCCGCCAAGCCUGCCGUUGAGGAAGAGGAGGAGGCCCAGCCUGCUGAAGAGGAAGUUGCUCAGGAGUAAUCAGCAUCAUCAACAAUGAUGAUGGAACAGCUCUAGCAAUGAUGGUUAUAACAAUGGGUCGUCAGAAGAGCAGCUUCACAAC